UCUCGACGCGAGCGGUUGUACGUAGCGGAUAAGCGACUAUACGACGUUUAUGUAGUAGAGGAAAACAACAAAAAGUGUAUGAAAUAAAGUGAGGUAAAAGAAAGUGGAGGUGGAAAGUAGGCAGAAGAGCGGACGAAAAAGAAAAGCGAGUGAAAUUCGAGUUACGUGCAAGCAGUUAAGCGUGUUUAGUUAAAAAAAAAACUAUCAAAAAUACAUUCACAUGUACAUACAUACAUACAUAUGUAUGUAUAGUAUAUGUAUGUAGCUUAAAGAAUUUGCACAUGAGCAAAUAAAUAAGUUUGAACGAAAUACAAUACUUGAACAUAAAGUAAGUAGAAUUGUUGCUCGUUUCAAGCAGUGUAACUUACGAGUAUUCGGUAAAAAUAUACCGUCAAACAUUUAAGCAAUAAGCAACAAAAAGUGAAAUCUGCAAGAUAGCAUCGCAAAAUCUCUAGAUCAGCAAAAGAAAAAAAAGUCGUAAAGUUACGCGCAAUCUGGUUAAAAUAAAAGCGUCUACUAACGUAAGCAAUAAUACAGCGAAAAGGCAGUGCUAAGCGACAAAAAAAAAAAAAAUAUUCGUGCAACACAAAAAAAAAAAACAAACUAUAAUAAAGCGACUAAACAAGAAACAAUAAUGUCACCAUUUACAAGCGAUUCCAACAUCAACAAAAGCAUCAACACAAUGCUGAUCCAUGCAGCCAUUGACGAUGAGGCCGCCGCCGCUGCGGCACACGCCGACCCCCCAAUGGCACGCGGCAAUGCCAAUAACAAUGCCACCACCAACAACGACAGCGACUACGCCAACCAAAGCGGAUGUUAUAGUAGUAUGUCGCUGAUGAGUCGAUGUCGUCGUGGCGCUGAGUGGUUGCGAGUUGGCGAUUUGAUGAGCUACCAGAAUAUGCUCGUCAUGUUGGCGGUGUUGGUUUGUGGCCUUGCCACCGUUAACGGGCUCAAGUGUCACAUGUGCGGCCAGUAUAAUGAGGGCGUCGGUUCCAUUACGCCCUGCCUCAACUAUUCGGAUCAAUAUGCGCAUCUCUAUUUGAAGGAAUGCUCGAAGAAAAGCGAGAAAUACUGUGUGAAAUAUGUUAGCGAAUUGUCAACAGUGCGAGAUUGCGCCACCGAGUGUGUUGAGAAAGAAAUCUGGGAGACGCAAACCUACUGCUGCAAUACGGAUGGCUGCAAUGGGUCCACCAAUUUGCAAGCUUCCAAACCGCUGCUCUUAUUACCGUUAAUAUAUUGCGUGUACAAAUCGCUGGUGGUUGCUUUCAGGGAGCAGCGGCACUAAGUUCAUGCAACAUGCGGCUGAAGCAAGCAAAACGAGUUCUCGUAAUUAUAUAAUUACUAACAAAAUAAUGGAAAUGUAAGAUAAUUGAGUGCAAUAAGGUUAAAAACAAAUUUGAAAAAUUUUAAUUAUUUUUCGUAAGUUUUGUAAAUUUUAUUUAAUGCAAAUUUAAAUUUUUUGAUGAUUCUUUAAUAAGCUGAAUGUUUAUUAAUUUAUACAUAUACAUAAUUACUUUUCAACUCGUAUUAUAAAAUAGUUUCAUUUCCAGCAUUUUUUUUUUUUGAUUAUAUUUCCUAAGCAAAAGAGAAGUUCAAUAAAAUCGCAACGCUUUGCAUUAUUCCUCGUUCAAAUUCGUACUUUUUAAUAGUCUUCCCAAAAGUUUGAGUAGCAAAUAUAUUAACAAACGAACAUUUACACAUGCAAGAAAAAUAAGAAAAAUAGCAAAAAUUUGAAUAUACAUAAAGAAAUGAAAAAUAUAUACAUACAUACCACACAACUUAUAUAUAUAUAUUACCUAAAUCCGAAUGUUGAAAAUCUUACGAUUGCGAUAACAAAAAAGCAUAUUAGA